ACCGCCCUCCUCUCCAGCCUCCCGCCUCCGAAUGGGCGGCCUCAUGGCGUCAUUAGUCUGCGCGUCUUCCUUCUGCGCUUUUCUUGCACGUGGUUGAACUUGCGCCUUUUAGCGUCUUGAAGACCGUGACCGGCUCUUCGCUCCCGUCUCCCCCUUUGUUCCUCUACAUGGUGUGGGUUACCCGAGUCCUUCUCCGGAAGUAUGGCAGAUUUAUGGAUGACCUAAGGAUCUAUGUAAAAGGAGGAACUGGUGGAAUGGGCCAUCCUCGAUUAGGUGGAGAAGGAGGACAUGGUGGUGAUGUCUGGUUGGUAGCCCAAGAAAAACUUACAUUGAGAAGACUGAAAAGUCAGUUUCCUAAGAAACGGUUUGUGGCAGGAGUAGGGACCAACAGCAGAAUUUUUGCUCUGAAAGGUGCAAAAGGAAAAGAUUGUGAAGUAAACGUGCCAUCAGGAAUAUCUGUUGUUGCAGAUGAUGGGAAAUUGUUAGGUGAACUUAACAAACCAGGAGACAGAUUAUUGGUGGCACGUGGGGGUAUCGGUGGCUCUUUGGUAACAAAUUUCUUGCCCACCAAAGGUCAAUCAUUCAGCAUUCAUCUUGAUUUGAAACUUAUAGCUGAUGUUGGCCUAGUUGGAUUUCCAAAUGCAGGAAAGUCAUCUUUGCUAGCAAGUAUUUCCCAUGCUACCCCUCAGAUUGCAGAUUAUGCCUUCACAACUAUAAGUCCUGAACUGGGGACAGUUAUGUAUGCUGAUCACAAACAGAUCACAGUUGCUGAUCUCCCAGGUUUGAUUGAAGGCGCACAUAUGAAUAAAGGAAGAGGACACAAGUUCCUGAAGCAUGUGGAAAGAACAAAGCAGCUUCUCUUUGUUGUUGAUGUAUUUGGCUUUCAGCUUUCCCCUAAGACACCAUUCAGAACAGCCUUUGAAACUAUACUGCUACUAACAAAAGAGUUGGAAUUGUAUAAAGAAGAACUUCGAGACAAAUCUGCCCUUCUGGCUGUCAAUAAAAUGGAUUUGCCGAAUGCACAAAAAAACUUUAAUGAGCUUAUGGAACAAUUACAGAGUCCUCAAGAUCAUAUGCAUUCACUCCCCAAAGAGAUGAUUCCAGUAGACACUGUAAGGUUCAAGGAAAUAAUUCCUGUAUCUGCACUUACUGGUGAAGGGACUGAAGACCUAAUUACAUGUUUACGAAAAGUACUGGAUGAAGAUGCUGAGAAGAACAUUAAACAACUUGCUGCAUUACAUCUCUCAGAAAUGUAGAUGUUCCUUACAAGCAGAAGCUGUUGUGUGAUGAUUAGGUGAUCCAUCUUUGCAAGCCUCUCUGAUUGAAUACUGAAUAUUGUCUAGCCCUUAUUUGUUCUCUGAUGCCACUUUCGGCUGUACUGCUACCCAGGCAUUUUAAAGGCAAAAUUAUGUGAAUUAGCGUGUUCUUUUUUUUGUAAAAUAUAAAAAUGCACAAUAUGCUAAUUUGAUCACUUUGAGUUAGCAAGUGUUAUGCAGCUUUUCAAGCUACGCAUCAGUUUUGUCAGGCAAAUUACAGAAUACUUUUGAUAAGAUGUAAAUAUAUACAUAAUUGUAUGUAAAUAUGCUGAAGAUGGUUGUUAGCUGCCUGAGCCCGCUUGCGGGAAGGGCAGGGAUAUACGUAAAUCCAAUAAAAUAAAGAUCUCUCUCUUUAUUUGUGCAAA